CGCCGCGCUUCCGCUUCCCCGCCGCCUGCCGUCGGCCGUGCGUCAUCUCAUGUCACUCCAGGCAGUGAUGGCGGAGGUGGACGAAACCGACAUAAUGAUGAGCUAUCACGGUGAUUUCAUCAAAAGCGACAGAAAGAGCACCCGCUACCCGUUCUGCAUUGUCUGGACACCUAUUCCUAUUUUAUCGUGGGUGCUCCCGUUCAUUGGUCACAUGGGUAUAUGCACCUCUUCUGGAGUCAUACGAGAUUUUGCAGGAUCAUACUUUGUCUCAGAGGACAACAUGGGCUUUGGCAGACCAACAAAGUACUGGAAGCUUGAUGUGGACAAAGUGUGUGGCAACGGUGUUGCUACAUGGGACAAAGCAGUGCAUGAUGCAUCUGAGGAAUACAAAUGUAGGCCGCAUAAUCUGUGCUUAGAUAACUGCCAUUCCCACGUUGCCAUGGCCCUCAACCUUAUGCACUACGACAACAGCUCGUCUUGGAACAUGGUGAACCUGUGUGUGCUGUCUUUUAUUCGUGGGAAACAUGUGAGCUGGGCAGCUUUCCUCAAGACCUGGCUACCCUUCUUCAUGCUCUGCGGAGUCUUCGGCACAUUCAUCCUAACAUUUAACCUGCAGUAGUGGAGCGAGCAGUCCAACAGGAUGACUCAAAGACUUUGGUUAUACUUAAUACAUUGUCACCGGCUGUUGACUUGAAUGAUGAUGAUGAUGAUGAUGAUGUUUUGACGGGACGUUUGUUUGUACAAAAAAUUCCAAAUGAAGGAUUUCCUUGUGUGUUGGUGAUGUAGUCUCUAGGAGGCUAUUUAAAGGAAUGCUUCACCCACAAAAUGACCAUUUGUAUAUCAGUUACCCACCCAGUGUAAAGUUGAAUUAAUGAAGAAAACUUUGUUUUUCUUGCAUGCCUCCACGGUGAACGAAGAAUCCAAAAAUGGUUAACAUUCUUGAGGAAUUGAAGUAAAGUGGGGCUGCUUUUAACAACAGCCAAAUUAUAUCAAAUCAUCCAUUUACAGACUCUCACACAGCUCUUGCAGUAUCAUCCAAGUCCCAUUUAUUCAGUUGUAAUACUUUAAUAAUCCACAUAAACAGUCUCAUGCACAAACAAGUUGCACACCUCUGUAACUGAAUGAAAUACUUGAGCAGAAUGCAAACACAAAGCUUGUCCAUGCACGCUACUCUUAGCCAGAAGUGCUUUAAAGUCCCCACAAAACAAAAGUUAGAGUUCUUUAGCUUCUGUAGUGUGUUGUAUGUCCCAGUCAAACGGAAAAUUUAAGCAGCAUACAGUUGCAAGAUGGAUUUAAGUCAAAUAUUUCGAAUUGUAUUGGACUGCUAAAAAGUGGGCAGGCUUAGAGUUUAGUGCGUUAGGGAGCUGCAGCAGAGUCCGCUAUUGAGUUAACUGUUGACUCCACACAAAGACUUCCCUCACCGUUAGAUCAGGAAGGGGAUGACAUGGAUGAAUCAGCCAUAUUGCUUUGGAAAUGAAAACAAAGGUUUUGCCCACUGAUAUCCAAACACACAUCUCUUUCUAUCUCUCUCCAUACUGCUCUGUUAGCUACUGCAACCCACAAACAUUGACGUACGGUUUAUGUGAAUAGCGUGGUUAGCUAGUUGCUCAAAAUUUCAUUGGACUGGAUGAACUUUUGUAAACGCCCUUGAAUGCAGGAUGAGUCAUUAAACUGUUUUACAUGGUUGUUCAGAAGAUAAAAAACAGGGAUUUUGAUUUAAAAACACUCUGAUAAUGAUUUUUACACUUAUUUGGCAAGUGAGAAAAAUGAUCAUUUAACACUGGGACACAGGAUUAAAACUGGAAAAAUGUUUUUUCCAUUUCAUGGGGACUUUAAAUAGAAACGUUUCAGCAAAAAUACAUGUUUUAGAAGUACAGCACAAAUUGCAUGAAAGUUUGUUUUUGGAUUCUACGCCUACUGUACAAGAAAAGAUACAUUUUUUCCACAAAUUCAAGGUAACACAGGGCGAGUAAGGGAUAUACAAAUGACCAUUUUGUGGGCAAAGUGUUCCUGUAAAGGCAAAGCCUAUCUGUUGGUGUGUAGUUAGCUUUGAAAUCAAUACUGUUGAAGCUGUCAAGAAUUUUUAUUUCUUUACUAUUUAUGAUUUAGUCAGUUGAGUAAGUUAUGGUAUCUUCAAAGUUCACCAUUACUGUUUUUCACACAGUGGGUUCAGUUUUGCUUAUUGAGAGUACUACAAGAGUAUUGCGCCGCAGUAGAGUAAUACUGUUGAAUUCGGGGAUGUACUUUUUCCAAGAAUGGCAGUGAUGAAUGUGUUCCUGCAAUGGCUAAUGUACAUUUCGGUGAUGAAUCACUACAGAAUGGAUCAUGGAAUCUUAAUGGUGAAAGUAUUCAUCAAUUAUUUGUCUAAGAGAUAUGAGCCGCUACCAAAGAUAGGAAUGAUCAAGGACCCACAUGUGAAAAAUAGUGUUAUUGUGCUGUAAAAACGCCUUCCUCCCCUCAGUCCUCUUUCCUCGGGUGUGUAAAUCAAACCUGUUAAGUGUUUUCUUUGACAUGAGUGUAUUGUUUGCAUUUCUCCAGACAGAAUUUGAAUGCUUACUAACUGUGCAUCCUCAUGCUGGAACAUUACUGUAACUCUAGUUAUGAGCAAUACGACGUUACAUUAUGA